GCGUCAGAGUGACACAGAGGGAGCUGUGACCUCGCAGGGCCAGCUGGCCGCAGCCCGCCGGAGCCCAGCCGCAGGAACGGGGUGUGGGGACAUGGCCGGGGACAUGCGGGCCCUGCUGUGCCUCUGGCUGGUGGCCCAGGUGGCCCAGGUGGCCCUGUCCUCCCGGGUCCGCACCCGCCGGGAGCUCAGCCCCGGUUUGUACGAGCACGGGGUGUACGACGCCGGGGGCUCCUACUGCCAGCGGGGGGACGUGUGCUGCCACGGCCGCGACGAUGGCUGCACCGUGCCCUACCACGACACCCUGUGCUACUGCGACCUCUUCUGCAACCGCACCGUCUCCGACUGCUGCCCCGACUUCUGGGAAUAUUGCCUGGGCAUCCCGGCUCCUUUCCCCAAAGCCGCAGGCUGUUCCCGUGCUGGACGCAAUUAUCCCACCGGAGCCACGUACCGGGAGAACUGCAACCUGUGCACCUGCGGCGCCGGCGGGCAGUGGCAGUGCGAGGACCACGCCUGCCUGAUGGAUGGGGAGCUGAUCGACGCCGUCAACAGAGGCGAUUACGGCUGGAGAGCCGCCAACUACAGCCAGUUCUGGGGGAUGACCCUGGAGGACGGGAUCCGGCACCGCCUGGGCACUUUCCGUCCCUCUCCCACCGUCAUGAACAUGAACGAGAUGCAAGUGAACAUGGACUCCAACGAGGUGCUGCCUCGCCACUUCGAUGCCGCCGCCAAGUGGCCGGGGCUGAUCCACGAGCCCCUGGACCAGGGGAACUGCGCCGGCUCCUGGGCGUUCUCCACGGCCGCCGUGGCCUCGGACCGCAUCUCCAUCCACUCCAUGGGACACAUGACCCCCGCGCUGUCCCCGCAAAACCUCCUGAGCUGUGACACCCGCAACCAGCGCGGCUGCAGCGGGGGGCGCCUGGACGGGGCCUGGUGGUACCUGCGCAGGAGGGGGGUGGUGACAGACGAGUGCUACCCGUUCACGAGCCAGCAGAGCCAGCCCGCCGCCCCGCCCUGCAUGAUGCACAGCCGCUCCACGGGCCGGGGCAAGCGACAGGCGACAGCGCGCUGCCCCAACCCCCAGACCCACUCCAACGAGAUCUACCAGUCCACCCCCGCCUACCGCCUCUCCUCCAGCGAGAAGGAGAUCAUGAAGGAGCUGCUGGAGAACGGCCCCGUGCAAGCCAUCCUGGAGGUGCACGAGGAUUUCUUCAUGUACAAGAGCGGAAUCUAUCGGCACACGCCGGUGGCCGAGGGGAAGGGGCCGAAGCACCAGAGACACGGGACCCACUCGGUCAAAAUCACGGGGUGGGGAGAGGAGCAGCUGCCUAAUGGUCAGACCCAAAAAUACUGGACGGCGGCCAACUCGUGGGGCACGGCGUGGGGCGAGGGCGGCCACUUUCGCAUCGCCCGCGGCGUCAACGAGUGCGAGGUGGAAACUUUCGUGGUGGGGGUUUGGGGCCGCGUCAGCAUGGAGGACAUGCCCCAUAAGUGAGCCCCGCGAUGUCCCUGUCCCCAGCGGCACCUCAGACCCGGCAGCUGUCCCCUGUGUCCCCUGGGUCCGCUGGCCCGGGGCUGGCGCUGUCCCCUGGGUUCCGUUCCCCUGGCCUGGGGGCUGGCGCUGUCCCCUGGGUCCUCUGGGUCCCCUGGCCGGGGCUGAUGCUGUCCCCUGUGUCCCUUGGGUUCCCUGGCCGGGGGACUGACACUGUCUCCUGUGUCUCUUGAGACCCUUGGCAGGGGGGCUGGCGCUGUCCCCUAGGUCCUCUGUGUCCCCCGAGUCCCCUGGCCCGGGGCUGACGCUGUCCCCUGGAUUCCGUUCCCCUGGCCUGGGGGCUGGCGCUGUCCCCUGUGUCCCCUGGGUCCCCUGGCCCGGGGCUGGCGCUGUCCUCUGGGUCGCUUGGGUCCCCUGGCCGGGGGGCUGGCACUGUUCCUUGUGUCCCCUGGGUCCCCUGGCCGGGUGACUGACACUGUCUCCUGUGUCCCCUGUGUCCCCUGGCCGGGGGACUGGCGCUGUCCCCUGGGUUCCGUUCCCCUGACCCGGGGACUGGCGCUGUCCCCUGUGUUUCCUGGGUCCCCUGGCCCGGGGCUGGCGCUGUCCCCUGUGCCCCCUGUGCCCCCUGUGUCCCCUGGCCGGGGGGCUGCGUGUCCCCUGGAUUCCGUUCCCCUGGCCCGGGGCUGGCGCUGUCCCCUGUGUCCCCUGUGUCCCCUGUGUCCCCUGGCCGGGGGGCUGCGUGUCCCCGCCGUGCUGACACAGCGGCUGGGUGCAGUGGGGCGUGCGUGGGGGGUGUCCCGGAGGCUGCUCCCGUCUCCCAUGGGAUUUACCCGCUAAUCCCCCCGCCCCGGGCUGCGGUGGCGGGCGGGGGGCUCUUCAAAGGCAGCUGCACCCACCCCCCUCCCCCCCCAUCCCGGCUGGCGCUGCGGGAUUCUCCCCCUUUUCCCAAUUUAAAUUCCCACCCCUCCCGUCCUGACCCCACCAAUCCCUCCCCAGCAGAUCAGCGCUGGAGCUCGGGGUGUGAAAUACCCACCGGGGGGGUCCCCGGAGCCCCCCAGGGCUGGGUGUCGCCAGGAUGGGGUCCCCACCGUCCCCCCCCAGCCCGUCCCUAUGGUGCUAUGGCCCUGCCACCCCCUUGGGGACAGCAGGGACAAGGGAGGGCUCAGUCCCGCGGUGUCCCCGUCCUGGUGGGGUCACAGGUGGGGUCCAGCACAGCCCGAGACCUCCCCCCUUCCCCCAACCACAAGGGCUGUACUUUUAAGACUUUUUUUUUUUGUAUUUAUUUUGCUUUUUAUUGUUUGUAAAUAAAGUUAUGGAAGCCUCAGA